AAUAACAUAUUUACAGACAGAUUUUCUAAAAAGAAAUAUUUCAUUUUAAUUCAUCAUUUAAUUCUAGGUUUGGUGAGAUCUUCAAGAUAUGUCAUUCUACUGGUCAUAGUGCUAUAUGGAUUGUUCAAUGUGGGUUACAUCAUCACACGGACACAUGCACCAAAAGCAGAGACUCAACUACAACGAUCCUUGUCCCUCGAUCAUUUAUUAUCCAAUCAAAAAGGACCAGACAUCCUGAGGAAUUAUCUCAGUAGUAGAUUAGAGAAUGACACGAAUCGGGACAAGAGGCUCACUGCUCAUAAAAUCCUGGACCUAAUGCUCAAACUUGCUGCUGGGGCAAAUAACGGCUCAGAGGGAGAUCUCAUCGAUGAUCUAGUACACAUGCAAGGAACUGGGCAACUUUUUGGUGAGAAAAAUAUCGGUGAAAAAAAAAUAGGAAAUGGUAUACCAAUACUCAAUAACCGGCAACAGGAUAUGACAAAACCUGCAAGGAUACGUGUAGGAAUUGUCGUGUAUAUGCCUUACAGAGCUGAUCGCUUAUACGAAAUGGAGGUUUUAUCUUAUAUGCACCCAUCGUGGCAUUAUGUCACGACUCAUAGCUCCAUCAAAAAGUCAAUAUCAAUACCAGGAGCAUCUGAGGUUCCCGAUAUGAGCCUUGAUUUAAUAAUCUACUGUCACCCUAAAGCAUGCUGUUCCGCCAAAAAGGCAAACUGCAAAUUAUGGACCCAGAAUGCAAUAGAAACUAACCAAUCAGGUUGCUAUUAUCAUCCAGAGGAAGGGUUCCCAGAAGCUCAGGAAUAUGGAUACUAUAAUACAUUUGCUUUCUUACGUGAUGACAAUUUUAAACAACGUGCUAUGAAAUAUGAUUGGUUGAUUCGAUCGGACACUGAUGUGUUUAUUGGACCAGCAAUUUUGGGGUGGCUUCCACAUUUCGAUUUCAUGACAGGAAGUGGAGGAUAUGCGUCUGAAUUCAACAGAAAACGUCUUCCAGAAGUUGCAUCAAGGUUGCAUCUAAAGCACCAUGGUAUGACCAACAUCGGAAGUACAUGGUACGGAAAACCAGAGCUAUUCAUAAAAAUAAGUGAACUCACUUUAAAGUACUGUCAACAUUUUUUCAACAAUGAGUUCAACAAAACUUUAAAUGGUAUACAGGACGUCAUGAAUAAAUCGGCAUUUGGUGAAUGGCCGACAUGGUGGAGACCAGUUUCUUUACUUUACGCUGGAGAAGUCGUAAUAAAUGACAUAUUUCCAGACUUUAAUAGCUCUUACAUUGCUCAGCUUGACUUUCCAAGUAGUAGUAAACUAAAUAUUCUUUCAUACCCCCAUAUGCAUUGUUGGCACGGUGAAGAAGAAUUUCAAAAAUUCAAAUUUGUUAACAAAUUACGUGAUAUUAUUAAUGGGGGUAAAGAUAACAGGACAAAUAUUUAUAAAUCCGAUCGUGAUGUUAGUAGCAUGACUGUGCAAGACUAUUGUACAUUUAUUGCAUGGAAUGCAGUGGCCAAUAACAAAAUUGUUGAACAUUUACAGAAACCCGCAGCAACAUGUUCUUAAUGAAUGAUUCGAAUCAGCUCAUUAAAAUAAACAAGUAAUAGCAAAGUGUUGUGUCAAGCUUGUUCAGUGGUUUCUCCAGGAUAUAUCCCUUAAUAUAAGAUGGUGCAACAUUUUCAUAAUUCUGGCGAAAGUUGGU